CCGAGGGUUUUUGCUGUGGAACAUUUUCAAACACGCUCGUGUGCACACAUUGGCGUGGUGUGCUGUGGAACGAGGAGCGCCUGUUUACUGAUUAAGAGAGGCGGUCCCAGGAAAGGAGAACAGACAUGCAGAAAGCCGCCUUUCCAAAGCAAAAGGCUCAGAAUGGAUUCCACACAGCCUACUGCGCCCCACCACGACAACGCGGGCUUCAGGGACGACAACGAUAGACCUCCGUCCUAUAACCAGUCCCAGGGCCUGUACCCUACCGUCCCACAAUGGUCCCCGCAACCUGUCGUCAUGACCAGCACCAGCGUCCCACAAUGGUCCCCGCAACCUGUCGUCAUGACCAGCACCACUGUCCCACAGCCCCUUCGGAGAAUAGAACCAAAGAGUAACAGGAAAUAUGUGUUUUGUGGACUUGUCGCCUCCACGCUCAUCAUGUUCAUCAUGUUAGCGGGGGGAGUGUUGAUAUGGUACUUCGCUUUCUUCCAGAGAGGGCUGUCAUGUGAAGGUGCCAUUGACCUUAAAGCAUCCCAGUGGUGUGACGGCGUCAGAGACUGUACUGGAGGAGAGGAUGAGUCCAAUUGCCUUCGCCUCCAUGGGACCGACUUUGUACUGCAGAGCUUCUCAGCCAGCAGCCAGACCUGGCAGCCUGUUUGUGCGGAACGCUGGAGAGACGACUUGGGCAGAGCUUCCUGUAAACAGAUAGGCUACUCAAGUACCGAGUUUGUUUCCUCCACCCAGACGGGUGCAGGCUCUCUGGGGACGGGAGGCUACAGCAAGCUGAAGCCAGAGUCCUACCAACCGGGUGACCAGAUUCAUUCACACCUCAGAGACAGCCAAACGUGUAAUUCCAACAAAGUUGUCAGUCUGCGCUGCAUUGCGUGCGGUGACAGUGAGACGGGCCCAAGUGCACGCAUCGUGGGCGGGACCCCUGCAGAUAGGAGGGCCUGGCCCUGGCAGGUCAGCCUGCAGUACUACGGCCAACAUUUCUGCGGUGGCACCAUCAUCGGCCAAUACUGGAUCCUGACGGCCGCCCACUGCUUCCCAUCCGAGCCGUCUGAUACAUCUAUAUUGCGUGUCUACUACGGGGGCGUUCGCCUGAGUUGGAUGUUUUCCAGUGCGUCGGUGCGAAGAAUCAUCGUCCACAAGGACUACAACAUCGAGCCCCAGGCCAACGACGUGGCUCUCCUGAGGCUCAGACGACCUCUGACCUUCACCCAGGAUGUGAGGCCGGCAUGUUUGCCCAACGUCGGCGUGAACCUGAACCCAGAGCGAAACGCCUGGACCACCGGAUGGGGUACUCUGAGGACUGGAGGGGUCAGCCCGGAUGAGUUGAUGCAGGCCGAGGUGACCAUUUACAGCAGAGACAGGUGCAACCAACGGCACAUAUUGGACCAACAGGUGACUGAAACCAUGAUCUGUGCUGGAAAGUUGGCUGGAGGAGUGGAUUCAUGUCAGGGGGACAGUGGGGGACCACUGGUGGCCAAGGAAGGGGGUGUGUGGUGGCUGGUUGGGGACACCAGCUGGGGCGUUGAAUGUGCCUUACGGAACAAACCAGGGGUGUACGGCAACGUGACCUACUUCUCGGACUGGAUCCAUAAGCAAAUGCAGCUGGACUUUUGAAAUCUCUUCAUGAUAUAUUUGAGGACAUGUUGGUUUCGUUUGAUUAUUUUAAUUAUUAGAUUUCAUCAAUAUACAGCAUUUUAGAUGAUUUAUUUUUGAUAUGGCAAAGGGACUGUGUAUAUUGAUCGAAAUUUGUGUUUAUUCUUAAACAGAUAGAUAUUUUAUAUAGUUUUUGUUUGUGUUUUGCUACUGGUUAUUCAACUUUUAUGCAGCAUGCAUAUGAUGGACACAGGCAUGACAGAACUUGAAAACAGACACAUUCUUACGAUAGUUAAUGUACUGUUGAUGUGAUAGCACUUUUAUCCAGCCAGAAUGUCUUUUUCCAAGUUUCAAAUGAAUUAGCUUUUUCUUUAAAGACAUAAUGUGUAAGAAUAAGUUAUUCAACAAGCUCAAUGACAGUGUUCUGUCCACUCUAACUGGCUGUGCAGCUGUGUGACGCAAGUUAGGGUAGCUCGGCUGGCUGGAUGGCGUGAGUGGAGAGGAUGUUGAUGUAAGAAUGAAAACAAAGUCUGAAUUUGGAUGUGAUUUAGUGAUAAUAUUAUUGAAAUCACUAUGGAUCAGACUAUGAAUCCAGGUCAUUUCAAACAGCAAGCUAAUUGAAAUGCGACACAUAGUGACUUUAAGUAGAUUUUCAACACUCACUUUAUACAGAACAAUAUAGAAACAAUAUAUACUUGUAUAUAGGGUUAUAUAUACAUAAAUAUAUUUAUAAAUGUAAAUGUGCCUAUUUGUUUUGGUUUCAUAUUAACCAGAGCAACACAUCGUUCAAUGAUUACUUGAUAUUGAUGUAGAAAGAUUCAUAUUAGUUACAUACAAAAAACAGAUCUAUAAUAGGAUACUUAGCCCAAUUACUUGAAGAAGUUAACUGUUUUUAUUUCCACAAUGAAUCAAGAGUUAAGGUUUGCAAUUGUUUUGGGGAUGAACUAUACAAACUUAUGUAGCACAUGAUGUCUAUCUCAAUAGUCUGACGAUUCUAGACCAUUUCCAUCAUCAGUUUGCAUUAUCCUGAAAUUCCACAGGUAGCUGCAUUUAGAUGCAAACUAACUCCUAAUCAAGUGCCUAAUUUGUGUAUCGCGAUACCAUAAAUGAUGGUAAUUCAUGUCAAAUAAUUAAAUGUUUACAAGAAUAAAGAUUUUUUUAAAAAACA